UAUAUCUAUACUCAUUUCCACCACCCCAUCUUCUUCUUACAUUGAACCAACACAACCCCAGUUUUUCAUUUUUUCAAAUCAAAGAACAUAACUUGUAGGAACCAGUGAUAAAAAACCAGAGCUUUAUCAACCAUGGAAAGUGAAAAAGUAGGGGAAGAAGAGACUGUGAUUGUUGGGGACUAUGUAGAAAUUAUGAAAACUGAAGGCAAAUCAAAGGGCAUGAAAAGCAAAUUCUCUAAGCUCUUCUGGCAUGGUGGUUCUGUAUAUGAUGCCUGGUUCAGCUGUGCUUCUAAUCAGGUGGCUCAAGUGUUGCUUACAUUGCCAUAUUCAUUUUCACAGUUGGGGAUGUUGUCUGGUAUCUUAUUGCAGUUGUUUUAUGGUUUGUUGGGUAGUUGGACAGCUUAUAUCAUUAGCAUAUUGUAUGUAGAAUAUAGAACAAGGAAAGAAAGAGAGAAGGUUGAUUUCAGGAACCAUGUCAUUCAGUGGUUUGAAGUUCUUGAUGGUCUCCUUGGAAAACAUUGGAGAAAUGUGGGUUUGGCAUUCAAUUGCACUUUUCUUCUCUUUGGAUCUGUCAUUCAACUCAUAGCUUGUGCAAGCAAUAUAUAUUACAUAAAUGACAAUCUAGACAAGAGGACAUGGACUUACAUCUUUGGGGCAUGUUGUGCUACCACUGUCUUUAUUCCUUCAUUUCACAAUUAUAGAAUCUGGUCUUUCCUUGGUCUUUUAAUGACCACUUACACUGCUUGGUACCUCACCAUUGCUUCCCUCCUCCAUGGCCAGGUUGAAGGGGUUCAACAUGCUGGUCCAACCAAGCUAGUGCUAUACUUCACUGGGGCCACCAACAUUCUCUAUACAUUUGGGGGACAUGCUGUCACUGUGGAGAUCAUGCAUGCAAUGUGGAAGCCACAGAGGUUUAAAGCUAUAUACUUGAUAGCCACACUGUAUGUAAUGACACUGACACUUCCUUCAGCGGCAGCUGUUUAUUGGGCAUUUGGGGACAUGCUUCUCGAUCACUCAAAUGCUUUUUCCCUUCUCCCAAGAACUACAUUCAGGGACAUGGCUGUCAUUUUAAUGCUCAUCCACCAGUUCAUAACAUUUGGAUUUGCAUGCACCCCGUUGUAUUUUGUAUGGGAGAAAGCCAUUGGGAUGCAUGAAUGUAAGAGCCUAUGCAAAAGAGCAGCAGCAAGAUUGCCAGUGGUGAUUCCCAUCUGGUUCUUGGCUAUAAUUUUCCCAUUCUUUGGACCUAUCAACUCUACUGUGGGAUCUCUUCUCGUUAGCUUCACUGUCUAUAUCAUCCCUGCAUUGGCUCACAUUUUCACCUUCAGAUCAGCCACUGCUAGAGAGAAUGCUGUGGACCAACCACCCAAGUACUUUGGAAGAUGGGUGGGGACAUUCACUAUAAACGUGUUCAUUGUGGUGUGGGUCCUAAUCGUUGGGUUCGGAUUCGGUGGAUGGGCGAGCAUGGUAAAUUUUAUAGACCAGAUCGACACAUUCGGGCUCUUCACAAAGUGUUACCAAUGUCCACCACCGUCAGUGGCGGUUUCACCUCCAUCCCACGGCCUCAACACCACCGCAGCCGCUCCUCUACACCAACCAUUCAACCACACUCGCCGCCACUGAUUUACGCCGCCGCCGAAAUCAAACGGAAGUUCAUAAAUCAGAUAAAUAUAUAUAUUUUUGGAUUGGCUGGUAAAAUUAAUUAUUGUAAACACACAAUGCCAUCCAAUUUGGUUUUUUUUUUUAAUUUAGCUUAGAGAGUUUGCAAUGCAUUUCCAAGAGAAUAUUAAAAAAAAAAGUUAAAUUUUGAUUUUAAUAUUUUUAUUAUGCUGAAAUUUAGAAUUUAAUUUUUUUAA